AUGGUGCGCUCGGAGAUGGAGAAAAUGCUGCAGAAGCAGCUGACCACCGUCAGGAAGGAGAGGUCGACGGCAGAGAAGCAGCUCGGAACCCAGAAGGUGUACCUCCUCAAGAAGAUGCUCACGCAGCAGUCGACCUUCUUCCUUCAGUCGCUGUCGCGCGUCAGGGCCAACGGCCUGCCGACGGUGGAGUGCCAGAAGGUUGUGAAUAAGUUGGUCGGGUCAAUCAUUCCCAAGCCAGAGACGCGUGAGGUCGGCACCCAGACGGACUUGAGGCUGUCGCAAGGCAUUGAGCCCGCGAGGCUGCCCAAGCCGCUGACGGCGUUGGAUGAGGGGUCGGACUCGAGCUGGGACGGGGACAGCGAGCAGCUGGG